AUGCUUCAAAUGCCAACCACCAAGAUCUUCUUCAAACUCACCGAGUGGGCGAAGCAGUACGGUGGCAUCUACUCACUCAAGGUCGGACCCAGCACCAUAAUCGUUUUAAGCGACCGACACGCAGUCAAGGAGCUCUUGGACAAGAAGAGUUCUAUCUCCAGCGACCGGCCUACCAGCGUACUCCGGCAAGAAUUGCUUACAGGCGGCGACCACCUACUUUGGAUGGACGCUACGCCAGAGUGGCGUCUUCUGCGCAAACUCAUACAUGCUGACCUGACGGAAGGAAAGUGUAAGCAAUUGCAUGCGCCCUUGCAACAUGCGGAGUCUGUCCAGAUGUUACAUGAUAUGCUGCAAACGCCAUCGGACUGGAGGAGGCACAUCGAACGCUUCACAAAUAGCAUCGUACUCUGCAUAGUCUACGGAAUCCGCUCUCCGAGUAUACACGGCAAGUACCUCCAGCGUUUCGAGAAGCUGUUGGGCAACUGGGCAGCCAUCAAUGCCUUUGGCGCUACACCUCCGGUAGACGUGAUUCCUGCCUUGAAGUGGGUACCCGAGCGGUUCCUGGGAAACUGGAUCUCACGAGCUACAGUCGUCCAUGAUGAGAUGCGUGCACUUUACGACGGGUUGCAUGAGUUAGUCCUGCGCAGGAGGGAGCGCACAGGCCCCAUGAACAGCGUGAUCGAUCGGCUGUUGGACCAACAGGGUACCACUUCCUUGACGAGGCACCAAAUCUCAAACCUUGCCGGUGUUACGAUGAAGGGCGGGUCCGAUACCUCCGCCGCCGUGCUUGCUUCCUUCGUCCUUGCCAUGAUCCUCCACCCCGCAAUCCGAAAGAAGGCACAAGCUGAGAUCGACGCUGUGAUUCCAGAGGACCGUCUACCAGACGACACCGACUACGACAGGCUUCCGUAUAUCAUGUCUAUCAUCAAAGAAACCCAGAGAUGGCGCCCGAUAGUCGGCGUCGGCGUGCCACAUCAGCUUUCCGAAGAUCUGUGGGUAGAGGGCAAAAUGCUUCCAAAGGGCUCCAUGCUGCUGCUGAAUGUUUGGGGUCUACAUCACGAUCAGUCCAUGUACGCAAAUCCUGCAGAGUUCGACCCUGACCGAUAUCGAGGGUGGAUAUCUUUCUCCGCCGAAUACGCAAACAGCGCAGACCCUGGGAAGCGUGAUCACUUUGCAUAUGGCAACGGGCGUCGUCUGUGUCCCGGAAUCCAUCUGGCGGAACGUAACCUCUUUCACGUGGUAUCGAAGAUGCUGUGGGCAUUCGACAUUGAAAUGGCUGUGGAUACGAAGACUGGGCAGCCCAUUGUCCCCGACAGCAGCGUGGAGACAGGCUUCCGGGAGGGUCUGACUUUGAGCGCAAAAGACUUCCCAAUCACGCUGAACGUCCGCUCAGAGGCGAGGCGCAAUGCCAUUGACGAGGCAUUCCUGGCGGCGUGCCGAGACGUGUUUGCUAAGUACGAUGACACGGACCUCAGUACGGUCUAA